GCGACCUGAGUUUUGGCUGAAUUAUCCACUGAAAGCAACUGCUAAUGUAUUGGAUAAAAUCACAACCACUCAUCCUGCAAUGGUUGUUGCCUGUGUUCUUAAUAUCAGCUGCAACCAUGCAGUAUUCAGUAGUAUUGGAAAUAUCAGUAGUGUGUCUUUGUAAACAGAUUAACUGUAACUAUUCAUAUGCAUUCUAUCUCAAGUACUUAGCUCAUGUGCUGAAGUAAUGAAGUACUUAAUAAAGAAAAUGGCCAACCUGUGUAACCAUAUCAUCUGAGUAGGACUCUGUUUUGAACCAAAAGUGGAUUCAUUCAGGCCAAUCAAAACCAAGGCCAAGCACAUAGGCAUCUCUCAUCCCUUGCAGCUGAUUGGUCGUCUGUUUCAGAUGGUAAUCAUGGAGACAGGAUAUGGAUUUCCAUCAAAUGGUCCUGCAAAUGGCAUUGCUAAUGGGGAACCAGACCUUCUAGAGACUGGUCACAUGCGUUUUGAUCCUGAAUGUCGUUCUCAGGAAUCGUUUGCGGAGUUUGUUGCUAAGAGCAACCCACAACCUACUGUCAGCAAGUCAUUAGUUUCACGGCGACAUGAUCGUCAUUAUUCAAAACGUAUGAGACGGAGGCUGGUUUACAAGAAUGGGGAGGUGAAUAUAACACAAACAAAUAUUCGUAAAAGGAGGAGAAGAUAUUUAGCAGAUAUCUUUACUACAUUGGUUGAUAUUCAAUGGCGAUACAACCUGUUAGUCUUUACGUUAGCUUUUAUUUCCAGUUGGAUGUUUUUUGCAUUAGGAUGGUGGCUUAUAUGUUUUCAACAUGGUGACUUGGACGAAACAAAUAUUAAAAAUCAGAACUUCACGCCAUGUGUUAGGGAGAUCAAGUCUUUCAUAUCCGCCAUUUUGUUCUCUAUUGAGACGCAGCACACCAUAGGGUACGGUUACCGUCAUACAACGGAGCAGUGUACAGAAGCCAUUAUUCUGAUGAUGGUGCAGUCUUGUUUCGGUGUCAUUUGCCAGGCCAUGAUGACGGGCAUCGUGUUUGCAAAACUAUCAAGACCUAAGAAGCGUGCUGAGACACUUAUGUUCAGCAAAAAUGGUUGUAUAUGCAAACAGGACGGAGAAUUGUGUUUACUAUUUCGUGUUGGCGAUAUGCGGAAAUCUCACAUUGUAGAAGCUCAUAUAAGAGGUGUAGUGAUUAAAAGAAAAAUAACAAAAGAAGGGGAAGUGUUACCAUUGUAUCAGUUUGAUGUUGAUCUAGGAUAUUCUGAAGGAUCGGAUAGGUUAUUUUUAGUUUGGCCAGUGAUUAUUGUCCAUAAAAUAGAUGAAAAUUCGCCGUUCUGGGAAAUGGCCCCCGAAGAUCUUCAUAAAGAACAGUUUGAGUUCAUAGUUAUCUUAGAAGGAAUUGUGGAAUCGACAGGUAUGACAACGCAGGCUCGAAGCUCCUAUCUUCCUGGUGAAAUUCUUUGGGGCCACCGGUUUGAGCGUCUGGUAACUUUCCAAAAGGAGAAUGGCCAAUAUCAGAUAGACUACUCACGGUUCAACAACACCAUUCCAGUUGACACGCCACAGUGCAGUGCCAAGGAACUGUCUGAAAUCACUGCCAACAUUGCUGAAGCAGACCGCGACCAAAACAACGAGGAUGAUCCCAAUCAGAAUGCAACUACAAAUAUAGAAAACUCCUUCAUGUACAAACGAAACAAUAAUGCACAAACUGAUUUUGGAUAUGAUAAUGACUUUGAUUCUUUGGAUAGCAACUACUUGCCAGUGAAUGAAGACUCAGAGACGCUACUAUGACAAUGAAUGCAUGGGAGGUAACUCAUGGUAGAUGAUUUCAUUACAAGAAGAGUUAGCCCCCUUAUUAAAGAAGACAAAAACUACGGAUUGAAGUGAAAAUCAAUUAUUGACACAAAACAGUUAUCAUGCAACUGAAAGAACCGUUGGCAAGAAAUAUGUCCAGAAAUGAAAAGGAUUAAUCAGUAAAUUUGAUUUAAUUUGUCAAACAAUGGAUGAAUAAAUAUUUAAGUAUGUCAGUUUUUAUGCCCCCCUUCGAAGAAGAGGGGGUAUAUUGCUUUGCUCAUGUCGGUCUGUCGGUCGGUCCGUCCACCAGGUGGUUGUCAGACGAUAACUCAAGAACGCUUGGGCCUAGGAUCAUGAAACUUCAUAGGUACAUUGAUCAUGACUCGCAGAUGACCCCUAUUGAUUUUGAGGUCACUAGGUCAAAGGUCAAGGUCACGGUGACCAGAAAUAAUAAAAUGGUUUUUGAAAGAUAACUCAAGAACGCAUACGCCUAGGAUCAUAAAACUUCAUGGGUAGAUUGAUCAUGACUCGCAGAUGACCCCUAUUGAUUUUGAGGUCACUAGGUCAAAGGUCAAGGUCACGGUGACCCGAAAUAGUAAAAUGGUUUCCGGAUGAUAACUCAAGAACGCAUACGCCUAGGAUCAUGAAACUUCAUGGGUAGAUUGAUCAUGACUCGCAGAUGACCCCUAUUGAUUUUGAGGUCACUAGGUCAAAGGUCAAGGUCACGGUGAUCCAAAAUAGUAAAAUGGUUUUCAGAUGAUUACUCAAGAACGCAUAUGCCUAGGAUCAUGAAACUUCACAGGUAGAUUGAUCAUGACUUGCAGAUGACCCCUAUUGAUUUUGAGGUCACAAGGUCAAAGGUCAAGAUCACGGUGACCCGAAAUAGUAAAAUGAUUUUCGGAUGAUAACUCAAGAACGCUUUUGCCUAGGAUCAUGACAAUUCAUAGGUACAUUGAUCGUGACUCGCAGAUGACCCCUAUUGAUUUUCAGGUCACUAGGUCAAAGGUCGUCACAGUGACAAAAAACGUAUUCACACAAUGGCUGCCACUACAACGGACAGCCCAUAUGGGGGGCAUGCAUGUUUUACAAACAGCCCUUGUUAAAACACACAUUAGCGUUCUUAAAGUUUGCUGCAAGUUACUGUUAAAUUUGCAAUUAAAGAUGUUUUUCAAAAGUGUAGCAAUCAUAAACUGUGUGAACAUUGCUAGGAACUGUUUCCAGUAGUUUUAAAAAUGGACUUCCAUGACGAUGAAGAAUCCACAGUAUCAGCACAGGAAAGUCACUGACGCAUUCCUUCGCUAUCACGAUAUGUUUUACUGACUGUCAGCAAAACACAACGAAAUUUGCUGUUUUGUUAUUACUUUAAAACCUUAUGUUGACUGUAUUUACAUGUUUAUUUUGUUGUUCAUAAUAUGCUGUUUCAUUCAAGUCUCAUCUGAGCACAACUCCAUGACAAGGCAAUUGUGAUAAUAUAGAAGGUGGUCACAUUUAUUUAUAACACUACUCAUAAACUGAUUUUUGUAAAUGUACAUUGAAAAUUUACAUACUGUUAAAGAGUUCAUAAUAUCAUGUGCUGUGUAAAUUACAUGCCGUUAUUUAACAGUAUAUUAUUAUUAUAUUUGAUUUUUAUGUCUUUGAGUAAAAUGAUUAUAUUAACUUCUAAUUUUCAGUGAAAAGUCUGUUAUAUACUAAUCACCCAAAUGUCGGCCUCAAUGCUCUUUUAAGGUUAACAUGCAAAAUCGCUAUAUAACUGUGGCUACAAAAGGUUUUUAAUUGAAAUUGCACAUAUGUGUUUGAUGUUGGAGGUCACUUUCCAAGUUCCAUAGCUCUGACCUGCAAUGGUGCAAAAUGAUGCCCAUUUGUUUGGUGUUGAAACAAUUAAAUUCUGGUUAUCAUUUGCAUGCAACUACACCAUAUCUCUAUAUCUACUACAGAUAUUGAAAUUCAACUGUAUGUAAGUGUUCACAGUCUGUAUGAACAUUCACUGACCAAUAACUAACAAUCUGGCCAGCAUAUUUAGUGGAUUAUGUCCAAUUGUGUACUAACCUAUACAAGUUAAACUAAGUUUGAGAGCAAAAAUACUUACCUAUGUAUAUGCGACGAAUAUUCAAUUGAAACUUCACACAUGUUUUGGGGAGAUUCAUGCAAAGUCACAUAUCAAGGCCCAUAACUCUAAGGGGCAAUUAAGCAGAAUGAUACGAUACCGCUAAUUGAACUGAGAAAAUUCAGGUAAACUGUUUGUGCAGUAACUCCUAUAAAGCUAACAUGUACACCUAUCGUAGGGUUUUUCAUUUGGGCAAAAAGGUCAAGGUCAAUUUCACUGUUCCUGAAAUGUUUUGAAAAUUUAAUUAUCAGUCACACUGGAGAUUUUGUGAUAAAAUUGUGUGUGUAGGUGAAUUACUUGCUUUAUAUAAUCUAAAAAGAACAGGAAAACAAUAACUUGAGUUUGGAUGGUGGUUUUAUGCUGUAAUUUUGUUUGUUGGUAGCUUUCAUGCAGACCUAGGUUGGAAAGUGAGGUCAAGGUCAUUGUUUCUAAAAAUGAUGAAUGUUUUCUGCUAAAUAAUUGUAGUCAGAAGGAAAGUGUUGUGCUUUAAUUUUCUAUGUAAGUAACUUCUAUGCAGACCUUGAUUGCAAAGCCAAGUUUGAAAAUGUUUUUUGCUGUAUUGAACCUCUGUAUUGUAGAGGUCGCAUUAUGUUUUUCAAUCUUCAUGAAAAUUGCUCACAGCAUUUGUCUCAAUGAUAGCUAAGAUGAUUUAGAAACAGGGUCAUAUAGGUUCAAAAUCUAGGUCACUAGGUCAAAUCAAUGAAAAAGCUUGUUCAUGCUCUUAAGGUCACAUUCAUAUUUAAAUCUUCAUGACACUUGGUAAGAAUAUUUGUGGCAAUAAUAUCUCAAACGAGUUUGAAACUGGGUCACAAGAGAUCAAAAGCUAGGUAUGUAUAUCAAAUUAAAGAAAAUGCUUGUGGACACUGUAGAGGCGUCAUUUAUUGGCCGGUUAUCAUUGAACUUUGUUAGAACCUUGGUUUUUAGCCGGAUUUUUUUCGAAAAAAUCUCGGCUUAUAGA